CCAGUGCGGGCAGGAUCCGGACACCAGGGUCCCGGCCUGGCCCCGCCGCGUCCAGACAGAAACGGCACCCGGCAGAGUGGGCACCCGUAGGUCUGGGUUCUCACUCCCUAAGGAGGUACCAACAGGGAGGCUAGACAGCAGGGGGCUAGAAACAAUGGCAGGUGCUCUUGAAGAGGCCGGAGGCCGGGGCUUCUGGGUCCCCCAGGGAGGAAGUGUGCACAGAGCUGGAGGCUCGGAUUUCUGGGUCUUGGGGAGGACUCCCCGUCUGGGAGUCUGAAUGCUGAAGCUAGAAAGCUGAAGGAAGGGAGGUGGAGGGCCCUGGGAGCUAAGCCACGGCCCGCUCCGUUCCGAGACUGAAAGUGCAGUUAGUUUGAGGGUGAAGUCCCGGGACAGCGGGGGCCACCCUCUUGACCUAACAGUGUCCCGCUGGCGUUCGAUCGUGGACUUUGGCUCUGCCGGGGCGCGGACGGUGGUCCCGCCCCCACAGCUCAGCCUUCUUCCCCAAACUCUCACGCGGCCCCAGGACCGAGAGAGCCCGGGAGAGCCUGGACCGACCCCGGCAUGUGGGGAUACUUGUCUCUGCUGCCCAUGUGCCUGGCCUUCUGGGCUAUUGCUGGCAUCUGGACCGUCAGGUGGGAUCUGCUGGGACCAGAGGUGGAACCCGCGUCCCCUGCAUGGGCAAGCAGAUGCCCAUCCACUGUGCCACCAGGGAACAGACUGUGUUCUCGCUGGCUGUGGUUAACAAGGCCGUGAACCUCACCGACGGCUUCCCGUACAUCAGUGUGUGUGGAAACGUGCCCCCCCAGAGCUGCAUCUUCAGCCAGGUGCUCAACAUCGGAGCCGCUUCGGCCGCCUGGAUCUGCAUUCUCCGUUACUACCAGCUUCGGGACUGGGGCGUCCGAAAGUGGCAUAACCAGGUGAUCCUGUGGACGGGGCUCCUCUGUGCCUUGGGCACCUCCAUAGUGGGCAAUUUCCAGGAGAAGAAUCAGCGGGCCACACACCUGACAGGCGCCUUCCUGGCCUUCUUCGUGGGAAUCUUAUACUUCUGGCUGCAGCUCUUCCUCUCCUGGCGGAUGAAGAACCUGCCCCAGCCUGGGGCUCCCUGGAUCGGGCCACUGCGCCUGGUGCUCUGCAGCGCCUGCUUCAUCCUCGAGGUGGCCAUGGUUGUCCUGCACUCCUGGUCUAUGCGCUCCGUCUCCGCCAUCUGCGAGUGGGUCGCCGCCAUGCUGCUGUUCAUCCUCUUCGGCCUCCUUGCCGUGGACUUCUCCCGCCUGGACGGCUGCACCCUGUGUCUCCAGCCGGGCUCUGGCAGCCUUCGCCCCCCGCCGGACUCCCCCACCUCCCUGCACGUCCAGCUGUGAACAGCCAUCCAGCCAGCAGCAUCCUCACACCUCCUGUCCCUGCCGUCUGGUUCCGCCCCUGCAGUCGGGGCCACCCAGGAAGCGAGAGGCCAAGGCCAGCCAGCCAUCCCUGAUCAAGGAUAUUUAUUAUUAUUAUUA